CGUUUGUUUACCUUCCUGGUUGAAAUAUUUUAUCAAUUUAAAGACAUUUGUGUAACUCCUUCAAAUUCAGAUGAUGACAAGCUCUGUACCUUCAUGUGGUGUAUGUGAAUUUCAAAAUGUCUUUAAAGCUGCAUCCAUAUGGUGUUUUGAUUGUGAUGAGGGCCUAUGUGUAGACUGCAGUAAGCAUCAUGGAAUUUCCAAAGCAACAAGAAAGCAUGUAACUAUACCGAUAUCAGAAUAUAAUGCAUUGCCUACUUACAUUACAAACAUUAAGCAGACAUGUAGUACACAUGGUGAAAAUUAUCAGAUUUACUGCAAUGAACAUGAAUGUGCGUGUUGUAGUAAAUGCAUCGUUGAAAAGCAUACAAAAUGUCAAAAUAUUUCCAAUCUUGAUGAUUUUGUAAAAAACACAAAGGCUUCAAACGCUUUUUUGGAAAUUUGUGAAACAUUAAAUGAAGUUGCUGAAAACAUAGAAAGGAUCCGUCAAGAUAAAAAUGGUAAUCUGAAAACAUUGUCGGAAAAAAGGAAACAGAUCGAAUGUGAAAUUCAACAGGUUCGAUUAAAUAUCAAUCAACAUCUCGAUAAACUGCAAGAGGACUUCAUAUCGGAAUUGCAUGAGACAGAAAUAAGAGAAAAAACAAAAAUCCAUCUGUUAAUGAAAGCUUUAGAUGAGCAUGAAAGUAAAGUUGCAGAGCACCAAGAGAACAUAGCAAACAUAAAACAACACGCAUCAGAUCUACAGACCGUCCUAUCUCUGAAGCAGCUUGAAGGUGAUGUUGAUGAAAACUGUCAGUUUAUUGAUUCACUUACUGAAAGUAAUGUUCUCAAUCGUGUGGAGAUCAAGUUUAACAUUAAUACAUCACUGACUGACAUUGCAAAUAGUGUUCUUGAGUUUGGAAAAGUAUGUAUUGACAUCUCUAAUAGCUCAGUGAACAUUGUGAAGAAAAAGCAACAACAAGCUCAGUUGAUAGUACCUAAAGUAUCAUCAAUUGUGCCCAUUGAGAAUAUACAAGUCAAGUUAGAACAGACUAUAAAAACCGAAUCACCUGACGUCAGAGGAUGUUGCAUAUUACCUAACGGUAGAACAGUGUUCACCUCUCCUGGAUUAAACAAAGUAGCUGUAUUUAAACCAGACGGUUCUGUGGAUUUUUCUUUGGGUGUAACAGAAGCAAACGGUGUAGCCUACAAUAUUGAAAAUAACACUUUAGCCAUAUCACCAUGUUGGAAUAAUCAAGCCAAACAAAUAACAAUAAUUGAUUUAAGGGGGCGAAAAGUAAAGAAAACUUUUUCACCUGGUGGACACACAUCUGGCAUAGCGGUGACAAAUAAAACAUUGUUUUAUCACAUUGAAAAUAUAGGAAUUCGUGCCUUGGAUAUGACUGAUGAAUCAACGCGUGAUGUAACUACUGAGAACAUGAAGACACCAAUCUACAUAACCGUAUCUGAACACAAACUUUAUUAUUCAAAUUAUCAUUAUCACACAGUAGUAUCCUGCGAUCUGCAAGGAGCAAAACAAUGGACGUUCAAAAAUGAAAAAGUUUUGAGGUAUCCAGCUGGAAUAUCUGUUGACAAUGAUGGUAAUGUGUAUGUUGUGGGAACUGGAUCAAGGAAUGUCGUGGUUAUCUCCUUUGAUGGACAAAAGCAUAGAGAACUCGUAACUACAAAAGAUGGUUUAGAUAACCCAUGGUCAAUUAACUUUGGAAAAGAAACUAAUCAGCUUUUAGUUGCAAAUCGUUGUGUAAAAUCUUUUCUGUUUAACGUGACAAGAAAUUAAACUACUGCAAUUUUAUCUAUAAUGCAUUUUUGAAUAAACAAUAAUUUUGGAUCUAUACAAAAACGCAUGAAUGCAUAUAUGUAAACACAUGUGUUA